AUGUCUGAAGCUAGAUUUGCUGAUUCUCAAUCUUACAAGACAUGCGCCAAGUGUGGAACACAAUUUCCAGCUGCAGAACAUGUAGAACCAAAGCGUACGACGAGUAAACGUUUUCAAUGUGAUAUCUGUAAUCGGUUUUACGCAACACCAAUAACUCUCAAAGCCCAUCGGAUUCGGCACUCUAAAGCAAAGAAUGAAUUGUGUGAUUUCUGUGGUGCGAGUUUUAAAACUAGGGGCCAACUAAAAAUCCACAGGCGCGCACAUACCGGAGAAAAGCCUUACCAGUGUGAUCAAUGCGAUAAAGCAUUCGCGUACAGAGAGAGUCUCAUUACGCAUUCUACAUUGCAUUCGCGCAUUAAACCAUUCGUUUGCUCCUGCUGCGAUGCACGGUUUUCUUGCAUCACUAAUCUACUAAAGCAUCGUAAGGUGCGUGGAAAUAAAUGUGGCCUGGUAGAUGGCGCACCCAUUCAGCGAGUUGUACCAAGGCCCAAUAAGAAAACUAUGCCUAAUUUAACUGAUCGAAGCAAAAAACGCUUAACGCAGAAGAAUCUGUGCAUGAUUCUACAAUCGUGCAAUCGUUGGAUAAAUGUGGCGAUGCGAAUGUCAAUCAAACGAGACGAGGAAACACUACAAAAACAGCUCACUGUUCUACGAGAAUCUUCCGAAGCGUUAGCUUCCUGCUAUCAAUGCAAACUCUGUCCCCAGCGGUACACCUCAGAGUAUUUGAUGGCGCGCCAUUUGGAUCGAAUACACAACUUGCAGCAGGACAAGGUGUGCGAAAAGCUGCAGUACGCUAAAAAAAUCGUCAAAGGAACUGCCAAAUAUCGAUGCAAGUACUGUGAUCAGUCGUAUGUGACGGCAGCUCGCUUAAAACAGCACGUGCCCAAGCAUGGCCCCAACGGACGGUUGCGGUUUAAAUGCUGCUGCUGUGUGAUGUACUUUGAAACAAGUGAGCUCGCUCACGAACACGCCCUGGCUGAGCAUCGUGAGCGGCUUGUGUGUGAUGUAUGCCAGAAACAAUUCAACAAACCCGAAACCCUACAGCGUCAUAGCCGGUAUGUGCAUAAUAGCGAGCAGAAAGCUCGCAAGCGGCAGUACAUAUGUUCUCGGUGUGGUAGAAAACUCCCAACUACAGCUGCGCUGUUCGAUCACGAACGGGCUGAUUGCGGAUCUUCGCCCCUUUAUCCGUGUAAUACCUGUGGGAAGCGUUACGCCAGCUUCAGCUCGCUCAAAAUACACCAGACGGUGCACGAGAACCGACUGCCGUUCGAGUGCGGUUACUGCGAGAAAAAGUUCCGCACCAAAGGCCAGCUGAAGGUGCACGACCGUGCGCACACGGGUGAAAAGCCGUUCCGUUGCGAAGUGUGCUCAAAGGCGUUUCCGUAUCGUGAGUCUUUGCUCACGCAUCGCACCACCCACACGGGCAUUAUGCGCUACGAGUGCUUGGACUGCAAUCAAAAGUUUUCCUGCAUCACCAACCUGCAGUCGCAUCGAAGGACGCGUCACAAUGAAGGGGAACGCAAAAGAUCCAAAAUAUCGAAACGCAACCAUAAUAAAUUCGAAUGA